AUGUUCUUCUCCCUGAAGACCCACACACUUGAAAUUUAGGCCUGCUCACUGGUGUAGUCGUCUGGAGUGGCCACUUUUGUUUUUUUCUUGGAAUACACUCAUUUCUCAGGAGAGUUUUUCUAAAACGCUGUCCCCCUGGAUUACUUGUGGAGAUUAGUGAUGGGGAAUGCGGCCGCAGGGGGCUCAGAGCAGGAACCGGCUGAGGGCCGAGAAGCCAGGAACUCGGUCGGGGCGGCUUCAGGAAUGAGUGACCCCACGCCAACCUUGCAGAAGAAGCAGCCAGCUCCCCCCAAACUGCCCAUGCCUCCAGAGGAGGAGCUGGAGGAGCGAUUUAACGUGGUGCUGAGCCACAUGAAUUUGCCUCCCGACAAACUGAAGCUGUUGAGUCAAUACGACAAUGAGAAGAAGUGGGAACUGGUCUGUGAUCAGGAGCGUUUCCAGGUGAAGAGUCCUCCGUCCACUUACCUGACCAAGAUCAGGAGCUUUUACCAGGAUCAAGGAGGCGUUUCUCGAAGGGGGAAGAAGAGGAUCCAAGAUGCCACUCAGGUUCUUAAAGAUCUGGAGAUUUCCCUGCGCACCAAUCACAUUGGAUGGGCUCAGGAGUUUCUCGAUGAACAGAACAAUGGUCUGGAUGUUCUGGUGGAAUAUCUGUCCUACGCACAAAGCCAUGCCUCGUUCGAUGUGGAGAGUAGUGUUGAAAAUGGCGUCACCCUGUCCGACAGAGGACGACCGGAGAGGUCGAUGGAAGAUUUGACCAAGAGCUCCAGCACCAGCAGCUCACAUUCACACGGGAUGACCAGAGCUGCUCGUGCUCUCACUGUGAGGAUCAGCUCCACUCUGGUGAACAAGAUGCACAAAAAGCCCCACUCGUCCCACCAGAGAGAUGACGUGCAUGUGUGCAUCAUGUGUCUGCGAGCCAUCAUGAACUACCAGUCUGGCUUUAACCAGGUGAUGACACACCCACGCUGUGUGAACGAGAUCACCCUCAGUCUGAACAGCAAGAACCCCAGAACCAAAGCUCUGGUGCUGGAGCUGCUGGCCGCCGUGUGUCUGGUCAGAGGAGGACACGACAUCAUUCUGUCUGCUUUUGACAACUUCAGAGAGGUGAGCAAGGAAAAGAACCGCUUUGAGAAGCUGAUGGAGUACUUCAUCCACGACGACAGCAACAUUGACUUCAUGGUGGCCUGCAUGCAGUUCAUAAACAUUGUGGUUCAUUCAGUGGAAAACAUGAACUUCCGUGUCCAUCUACAGUACGGGUUCACUCACCUGGGACUUGACAAGUACCUAGAGAGUCUGAAAGAAACAGAGAGUGAGAAGCUGCAGGUCCAGAUCCAGGCCUACCUCGACAACGUGUUAGAUGUGGGCGCUCUGCUGGAGGAUGCUGAGAACAGAGGAGGGGUUCUGGAUCACGUGGACGAUCUGCAGGAACACAACGUUCAGCUGAGCACUCGGCUUCAGGAGAUUGAAAAUCAGACGACGGAGCGAAUAUCUGUGCUCGAGGCUCAGCUCAUGCAGGCGACCAAAGAGACGGAGCUGCUCAAAGAAAGCCUGCGAGAUUCCUGUUCUCAGGUCAGUGCUCUGCAGCAAAGAGAAAGAGAGCGGGAGAUUGACCGGGAGCGGGAGAAGGACAGGGAGCGUCUGAUCGUCUCUGGCCCUCAGACCUCCUCAGAGCUGGAGGAGAAGAUCCAGGAGCUACAGGAAAAGGGGCUGCUCCGUCUCGGGCGCAGUGCCUCAGGAGGUCUGGACAUCCAGGUUGUGCCGGUCACAGUGGUCGAAUACAUCCAAGCUCCACCCUCGUCCUCAGUCACUCAGCCCUCUGGAGAUUCAGCAUCCAACCUCCCUGCUUCUGCUUCUCCUCCACCUCCUCCUCCACUUGGGGGAGGUCCUCUACCUCCGCCUGCCCCUCCUUGUGCUGGACCUCCACCUGCCCCUCCUUGCUUUGGACCACCACCUCCACCUCCCUUGCCUGGUGCUGGACCACCACCUCAACCUGCCCCUCCUUGCUUUGGACCACCACCUCCACCUCCCUUGCCUGGUGCUGGACCACCACCUCCACCUCCUCUGUCUGGUGCUGGACCACCACCUCCACCUCCACCACCAGGUGCUGGUCCUCCUCCUCCUCCUGGAGCUCCAAACUCUCAAUCAGGUAUAAAGAGCAAGAAGCCCAUUCAGACAAAGUUCAAAAUGCCGUUGUUGAACUGGCAGGCCUUAAAACCAAACCAGGUGACGGGCACCGUCUUCAAUGAGUUGGACGACGAGCAGGUCUUGGGGGAGCUCAACAUGGAGAUCUUCGAGGAGCACUUCAAGACUCGGGCCCAGGGAAGUUCAGCAGAUUUCUCCAAUGUGAAGAAGAAGUCAGUCAAGAAGACUCCCAGCAAGACUUCGCUGAUGGAGUCAAACAAAGCCAGGAAUCUGGCCAUCACUCUCCGCAAGGGAGCGAUGCCUCCAUCUGAUAUCUGCACUGCCAUAGAGAUGUACGACCAGCAGGCUUUGUCCUUAGACUUCCUGGAAUUGCUUGAGCACUUCAUACCAUCAGAAUUUGAGAUGAAGCUGCUGCUGAACUACGAGAAAGACGGCCGCCCACUGGAGGACUUGGCGAGUGAGGACCAGUUUAUGAUACGCUUCGGGAAGAUCCCUCGUCUUAGCCAGCGGAUAAAGACUCUCACUUUCAUGGGCAACUUCCCAGAGACUGUCAAGCGCCUGCAGCCGCAACUGAACUCCAUCAUUGCUGCGUCCAUGUCCAUCAAGUCUUCGGUGAAGCUGAAAAAGAUUUUGGAAAUUGUCCUCGCCUUUGGCAACUACAUGAACAGCAGUAAGAGAGGUGCGGCGUACGGUUUUCGGCUGCAGAGUCUGGACCUCCUGUUGGAGACCAAGUCAACCGACCGCUCACAGACACUUCUGCACUUCAUCACAAAUAUCAUUCUGGAAAAAUACUCAGACUUGGCCAAUUUCCACACGGAGCUACACUUUGUGGACAAAGCCGCUCUCGUGUCCCUGGACGGCAUUCUCCAGGACAUCCGCUCAUUAGAGCGAGGAAUGGAAAUGACUAAAAAGGAGUUCCUGGUGCAGGAUGACAGUCCCGUGUUGAAGGAGUUCAUCAAAACCAACUGUGAGCAGCUGGAAGCUCUGAUCAAGGACAGCAAGACGGCACAGGAGGCUUACGGCUCUGUGGUGGAGUAUUUCGGAGAGAACCCCAAAACCACGCAGCCUUCCAUGUUUUUCCCCAUGUUCGCACGUUUCAUUAAGGCCUACAAGAGAGCACAACAAGAGCUUGAGCAGAAAAAGAAAAUGGAGAGUGAGAGGAGUGAGGAAAAACAGUCGCCGUCUCCCAACAAAGCUGGGACACCAAAGGGACCUGUGACGCCCAAAAUGCCGCAGAUGGACUUGAUAGCAGAGCUGAAAAAGAGGCAGGUGAAACCACAGGUACGCGAAGGGAAGGACGGCGCUCUAGAGGACAUCAUCACAGAUUUGAGAAACACACCGUAUAGGAGGACAGAAGGUCGACGGACGACACCACGCCAGGACACUUGAACCACUUCUGGUCCCAUUUUUUUUUUGUACCUAGGAUCAUAGUCAUGCAUACAAAAAACAAACAAAAAAUACUUAAAAGUGUUCUGUAUGUACAGUAUAUCAAGAUAUAAAACUUGCAAUAUGGCAUUGUGUAUUUUAGCUAACAUGUUACUGUUUUUGUUCUGUAAAUAGACUUAAACUGUUACAUAAUAAAAAAAACACAAGGCUACAAAUUUCCAAAUUUUGCAAAGAUGAACAAAAUAUUUCUGUAAUGCCUCAUGUCUUCAAUAAAAAAUAAAUCAAUAUUUUAAAAUAAAGCUAUU